AUGUUUGGACCAUCAGAGUUGGCCUUUUGCCUGCUCGCUAUCUCCGGCGUUGUAUCAGCAUCCAACAACAGUGCGUCUCAAUUCGACCCUUGUUCAUAUGCUGCUGCCGACGUCCUGGUUCGUGAUGUCAUCGUCAUUGGUGGCGGCGCUUCUGGGACUUAUGGAGCCAUUGCAUUGAAAGAUGCCGGUCGAAGUGUCGCUGUUGUGGAGAAGCAGGGCAACUUUGGCGGGCACGUCAACACAUACAACGACGCUGCAACCGGUCUCGCCCUUGAGUAUGGCGUCCAAGGAUACAGCAACGACAGCAUCACCCGCGCUUUCUUCGAGCGCUUCAACGUACCCUUCAUCCCACUCUUCGCUGGGGUCGCACAGCUCGUAGAGGACUUCAAUAUAGGCAAGAACGUUACGCCCGUGACUGGGAACAGCAUCCUGACCUGGUCCAAUUUCACCAAUGCCUACUACCCGGAUCCCGCGCUUGGUGUGCAUCUGCCAUCUCCAGUGCCGGAAGACCUGUUGCUGCCGUUCCGAGACUUCAUUAAAAAGUACCAUAUCGAAGAUGCCGCGUUCUUGAUCUGGUCGAUAAGUGGACCAACGGACAACCUGCUCGAUCAACUGACGCUCUAUGUCGUGCUCGGCGCCAAUGCUGCAUCCGCUCCUAUCCCUGGCGGAGCGCCAUAUAUCCCCGAAGUCGCGACUCGAAACAACUCCGAGGUGUACGGCAAGGCUCAAGUAGAGCUCGGCAAAAGCGCUCUCCUUAACAGCCAAGUCGUAGCCUCCCAGCGCUCGAACAAAAGUGUGAAACUCGUUGUCCAAUCUGGAUCUUCCAAAAAACUGCUCAUAGCCUCGCAAGUCCUGUAUAGCGCGCCAAUCAUCCUAGACAACCUGAACACCUUCGAUCUCGAUAGUCGUGAGCACGAUAUCUUCAAAGAAGUCUACUAUACCGCUUGGUACACCACCCUUGUGACCGACACUGGGUUAGCGCCAGGCUACUCAUAUGAGAACGCCGCCAACAAUACACUUUACAACAUUCCCAUCGAGCCAUAUACCUUCCACAUCGGUCCCUCCCGUAUCAACACGACCUUCUAUGCUUUCUACGGCGCGACCCACGCGACCUCAGAGGCUGAUGUCCGGGCGGCGAUAACCCAGAAUAUCCGUACGCUCUCCGGCAACACUUCCAGUCCAAAGAUACUAGCCUUCGCCAGUCACACGCCCUUCAAACAGUUGGUAUCUGCAGAUGCCAUCAGGGCAGGCUUCUAUGACAAGCUGAAUGCAUUGCAAGGAUAUCGUGGUAUGUUCUAUACGGGUAAUGCGUUGGAUGUUUCGGGCUCGAGCAGCUUGUACAAUUUCACUCAGCAUUUGGUCCCGGGAAUCCAGAAGGCUGUUGCGGCGAAUAAGGUGCCUGCGGAUGCUGGCAAAUGCAAGCGUGGAUGGUGA